AUAACGUCUAACAUCACGCCUAGCCUCUUUCAAGAACUUUGUUUUCAUACUAGGAGGGUCUAUAUUUAUCCCCACACAUUGCACUUUGCUUCAACUUUGUUCUGCUGGAAUUGUGUUUUUGCCUUUUCCUUAAAGGAUGAGUAGUAACAUUGCAGAUGAUACAACUAGCUCAAACAACUAUAACCCAGUUCUUAAGUUCCUGGAUUGUUCUCUUAGGCUUUCUGUGAUUCCUCUCAGUGCUGCAACAAUAUGGUUGACUGUAACCAACAGGGAAGAUAACAGCAUGUAUGGAGAAGUAAAGUUCAGCAAUGUUCUAGGGCUCAAGUACAUGGUUUGCAUCAGUGCCAUAUGUGCCGGUUAUGCUGUUCUUGCUGCUGUUGCCUUGUGCAUCAGACGCUUGGUCACUAAAGCUUGGCUUUUCUUUGUCUCCGAUCAGAUUAUAGCUUACUUAAUGGUCACAUCAGGGGCAGCAGUGAUGGAGAUUGUGUACUUAGCUUACAAUGGUGAUCAGAAAAUCACAUGGAGUGAAGCCUGCAGUUCUUAUGGGAAGUUCUGCAAUGGAAUGAAGGUGGCCUUGAUUCUCCAUGCCCUGGUUGUUUGCUGCUUCAUUGUUCUGGCUGUGAUCUCUGCUUACAGGUUGUUCAGCCUGUUUGAACCUCCUCUCUCUUCCAAAGAUGUACAAGAAGAAAGGACCUAAAAAUGGCUGUUCCAUCCACAAACCUUUUAUCUGUAUACAUCUUACUUAAGCAGCAAUACCCUUCAGAUUGAGUUCAUAAAAAAUAAGAAGUAUAUGUUAAUUUGUCACACCUUUGUCACAUUAGACCAUUUGAUAAUGUUACUGUAAUUUGAACUAAGUGAAGUAAUGGUUACUCUUAUGAAAGACUAGAGACCAAUCAUUUUCAUUUCUGUGUUCAAAUUUAUUUCUUGAAG